AUGCGCGCCACCAGUCGAUUUCUCGCGGCACCCGCGACACAGGCGUUUCGUCCGGGCCAAAGAGCUUCCGCACUUGCUCUCCUUCCUCCUAUUCCUUUGUACCGGAGACUGCUACGGAUACAUCGUAAGAAAUUGGGACCUGAAGAGCGUAUCUUUGGAGACACCUAUCUAAAAGCCGAAUUCCGCCGGCAUCGAGACAUCGAGAAUCCACUACAUAUUGUGGGAUUUCUCACCGAGUGGCAGAACUACGGUCAGAUGCUGGAAGGGGAGGACUGGCAAGAGCAAAGGAUUGACCCAGGUAUAAUGGACAAAAUGAGCGACCAACAGAUUGGCCAGCUGUAUGAACUCAUGCAGGCCAUACAAAAGAGAGGAAGAGACAGUGUGGACGAAGAAGAAGACGGCCCCAUACUCGAGGCUAUCGCUGAUGCCACUUCGAAGGAGAAGUAG